AUGCUAAACAACUCCCUGUGUCAACAAAUACAGUCCCAGAAUUCGAAAUAAUACAAGAAACUACGAGUUAUCGUGUGUUUGUAUUAGAUACAUCGGGAAGUAUGCAGGGGGAAAGACUUAAGACCCUUAGACAUGCCAUGGAAAAUGUAAUACAGCAGUUGAUCUUAAAAGGAAGCUGGGUUGGAAUUGUUACAUUUGGUACAACAGCUACAGUAAAGAAAGACCUGACUGAGAUUAACACUCAGCAAGACCGCAAAAAUUUAAUUAGCGUAAUCCCAGAUUCAGCUUCAGGAAGGACAUGUAUGGGAUGUGGUAUGAUAGAAGCAAAAAAGCUUUUAACAAAGAAGCUCGGAACUGUUUCACAAGGUGAAAUAAUUCUCAUAUCUGACGGAGAAGAUUCAUCAGAUGAACCCGACGCUGUCAAUGUCCAUGUUAACGAUGCCAGACAAGAAGUGAUUAAUGCCAAAAUAACUGUCCACACUAUAGCUAUAUCUCAACAAGCGGAUCAUUUACUUGGUGAUAUUGCACGAGAAACUGGCGGCAAAUAUUACACGUAUUUAGACAAUGGAGGUAUAAGUCUUCUUGGUGCAUUCUCUGAAACUCUUUCCGGUGGUUUAACUUCUGCAAGAAAUAAAAAUGUCAUGUUGAUGGCACAUAAAAUGAAUUCGGUGGAUACAAACCAACAUAAUAUAUCGUUUGCUCUAGAAAAAGGAUUGGGUGGUGACACAACGUUUUCCUUCAUAACGCCCACGGACACAGACGUCAAAUUUGAACUGACCGGCCCAAACGACUAUAAUCAGUUUAUUGAAAGUCAUGGAAGCAUAACAACUUUAUCAAUUCCCGGUACUGCACAAGCCGGAGAAUAUGAAAUGAUAGUCACGACCGGAACGAUGCCAAGAACUGUAGAGUAUUUCGCAAAAUCAGAUGCUACCAGUGACGACAUAGUCAGAGUGACGUCAUUGCUCUCAACCAGUAAUAUUGAUUUAUCUACUGGCGAUCUACCAAUUAUUUUCUCUGAAGUCUCAAAAGGGUAUUUACCAAUUCUUAAUGCAACAGUUACAGCCCAUGUAGAGACAGGUAACCAUAUCUGCGACGUGAAACUAAUGGAUGACGGGAUAGACCCAGAUUCAUUUAUUGACGACGGAAUAUAUUCUGGCUAUAUAUUUCCUACUUGCUUACAUUCUGGCCGAGUUAAUGUGAAAGUUGACGUAAAGGGAGCGAAAGGAGAGACCCAAGUUCUACAGAGUGUCACAGGAGCUCCGAAUCCCGAAGAAGGUGAUAUUGAUGAGCGCACUGAAGUCUAUGACAGCUCCUUUCAGCGUGUGCAAAUUCUUGAACAGUUGAAUGUGACUAACUACAAAAAUAUUACGACGUCAGAUGAUUUAAUAGCGCCAGGAAAAAUUACUGACGUCAACAUUCACCAUAUACAAUCAAAGGCUUUGAGUAACUCAGAAAGAAGAAAUUGCACAAUAUCUUGGACAGCAACCGGUGAUGAUAAAACCAUUGGCAGAGCUUCAAGCUAUAUUUUUAGGAUUGCCGACGAUGUUGACGUCUUACUUAAUGACUUUGAUAACGCCCCUAUACUUGAAGUGGGAAAUAAUUCACUUAUUCCGAAACCGUCAGGCGACAUCGAAGUUCUGAAGAUUACUGUUGACGCAGAGGAAUCUUAUACUGGGACGGCUUUCUUUGCAUUACAAGCUGUUGAUGAAACCGGAAAUAAAGGGAGCGUCUCAAACAUUAUUUCCAUAGUCGUUGCUAAGG